UGGGCUUUAUACAUUCAGUACGACGGAACCAACUGCAGCUUGGGAAAGUAUUUUCAAUGACACAGAUGCCGAAAUAACUUAUAAUCAUGCGAUUAAAGUUGCACGCGAGUUAGAGCGUAUACAUGCAAACACGAUUACGUGUAAUGCUGAAAACCAUGAAUCGAAUCCAGAACGCUUUCCUGAAAGUGUUGAAAUCCCUUCUGAAGGAAUAGACGUAAUCAUUGAUGAAAGUGAAGGGAUAAUAGUAAGGAAUAUGGUUCGGACACGAAUGCCGAUGUUGAUAAUGAAUGGAGAGCUGUUCUUAAUGACUGGUCAGAAGACCUUAUAG